AUGAAGAAUGUGGACAACUGGGGUGCUGUUUGGUAUGGGAUUUGCAUCGGAGCAGCCAUGUCUAUUGUCACAUACUGUCUUCCUAUUUGGUUCCAAGCCAUCAAAGAGGAGUCCGCCACCCAAUCAGGAAUUGAUACUCUUCCCAGCCUAGUUGGACUGGUCGCCUUUGCCAGAAUCGGCGGAGGUCUCGCCUCAGCAAUCGGAUAUUAUACCCCACUGCUCAUAGCGUCAUCAGGCCUCACAGCCAUAGGAGCCGGUCUUAUGAGUACUUUGAAGGUCGAUUCCAGUAUCGGAUACCAAGUCUUAAUCAGUGCUGGCGUUGGUAUCGGCGCUCAAAAUGUCAUGCUCGUGGCGUCCAUGGCUGUAGAGCCAGCAGAUAUGCCGAUGUCGACCACUAUCUUGACCUUUACGCAGACUCUCUGGCAAGUGCGAUAUUUCUUCCGGCUCCCGGCUGUUGAUGCGAAUUUAGCUGUGCACAGUGGCGCGACAGGAUUCCGUGAUCAAUUAACACCGACUCAACUACCUCUGGCUCUGCUUGCCUAUAAUGAGGCUAUCGUGGGCACAUUUUACGUUGCGGUUGCGACCGCCAAUUUGUCAGUCUUUGGUCCUAUUCUCAUGCGCUGGUUGCCGUUGAAGUCGGGGGAGAAAAGUGAUGGCAAGGGGGAUACAGAAAAUAUGAGUGAGGAUCAAGAAAAGGGCCCUGAUGCUACGUAA